GUGUGUGUGUGUGUGUGUGAGAGAGAGAGAGAGAGAGAGAGAGAGAGAGAGAGAGAGAGAGUGUGUGUGUGAAUACUUAUUUAGUUUCUCCACAGACGUCGUUGACUGCAUUCUUCUCUUGGCGGGUGGCGAGAGCAGAGCACCGGAGAGAGAGAGAAAGAGAGAUACAUACAUAGCGAGAGAAAGGGAGAGAGAGAGAGAGGGGACUGUAGAGUCCGAGAAGAAGAGAAAAAGCUGAAACUUCACUGCUGACGCUCCUGCACAGACCCUUCCAUGCCCGAGCCGGGAGCUGCUGAGCGGCGGAGCCCGCAGGGAGUCCCCUACACCGACCUACAGCACAUCGUCAACGCCGACGAACUGCACCUGUUCUGUCGCUACUGGGAGCCUGCCGGCCCGCCAAGGGCUCUGGUGUUUAUUGCCCAUGGGGCCGGGGAGCACUGUGGGCCGUACGAUGAGUUUGCACAGAGACUGAAGGAACUGUCCCUGCUGGUAUUUUCACAUGACCACGUUGGCCAUGGUCAGAGUGAAGGAGACAGGAUGAACAUCAAAGACUUCCAGGUUUACAUCAGAGACUCCCUGCAGCACAUCGACCUGAUGAAGUCCCGCCACCCCGACCUGCCUGUCUUCAUCGUGGGUCACUCCAUGGGUGGUGCUAUCUCCAUCCUGAUGGCCUGUGAGAGGCCCAGUGAUUUUGCUGGAGUGGUUCUGAUUGCUCCGAUGGUCCAGAUGAACCCAGACUCAGCCACACCGUUCAAGGUUUUUCUGGCGAAGGUCCUGAACCACAUGCUGCCCAGCCUCACUCUGGGCUCCAUCGAAUCCAAAUGGGUCUCACGGGACAAGAACCAGGUGGAGGCGUAUGACGCUGAUGAGCUGAACUUCCAUGGUGGCAUGCGGGUGUCAUUCGGCAUGCAGUUGAUGGGGGCAGCGGCGCGUAUCGAGCGGGAGAUCCCAUCCAUCAGCUGGCCCUUCCUGCUCCUGCAUGGCGAUGCUGACAAGCUCUGCGACAUCAGAGGCUCCAAGAUGAUGCAUGAGAACGCUCCAAGCUCAGACAAGAAAAUCAAGGUCUACGAGGGAGGCUACCAUGCCCUUCACCACGACCUCCCAGAGGUGGCCGAGUCUGUGUUGAGGGAGGUGACCAGUUGGAUCACAGAGCGCCUCCCCGCCUCAACAUCGCCACAACCACAGAGCUCCUAGAAUCAAUUCGAUCAGCGCUCCAAUGCGUCCCAAGAGGCCAUCUCACUUUCCAGUAGUCUGUCAAGCAUAACAAUACAACUACACUCUCUGGUCUGGGAAAUACAUUUGGGCAUAUAGACUGACUAUUAUAUAAACUAUUUUAUCCAUAUAAAAAGUUUACUGACUUUAUCCUCUGGACAUAUACUGUACAAAAAAGAAUAUAUCCACCUCUCCUGUGUACCUAUAAAUCAGUCAAAGUUACACUGAUUUAAAUUGGAUGAUGGGGUCAGAAACCACUUCUUAUUGUAGAUAGCCAGCAGCAGUGGUUAGUUUCCCUGCAAAACUUAUGAUCAGGUAUGUGUCUCGUGUAUUUCGGGCAGUGGGCUUAUUUGGUUACCAUUUCAUCAUCUCCAUUAGACCUGACUAAAAUGCAGCUCAAGUAUGCUAGGGUUCAAAGUGCUAUAAUAUAGUUUCCAUCUCCUCAAUUAUACACAGGCCAGAUCUUUUAAGUAGUAAUGACAAAAGUAAUGUGAUACAUUUAAUCUGCACAGGGACAUUUCCUUUUUGCUCAUCCACCAUUCACAGUCAGGUCAGAGGUCAUGAUCAGCAAGAGGACAGCACCUCUGGAGUUGCUGUAGGGUAAAUACUUAACAGCUAGGUCCUCACACUGCUUCACUGUCUUCACAGUGUCAGUAGAAGUGUAAUAGACAAUAUCGGUGGAUACAAUACUCAUUUUCAGUAAGACGGUUUUGUUAGUGCUUGCUUUGAAGCACUUUCCAUUCCUGCUUCAGCUUUGGUGGCUCAAGAGAAAUCUUCAUCUUCUCAGAAAGCUUCCACAAACUCUCCUCUCCUCUGCCUCUUCUACCUCCUCCUUGAUUGCACUAUUUUACAAAUAGCCUAAAAUACCAAUUUUGACACAGGCAGCUUUUGUAAAGUCACUCAGAAACUUAUACUGUAGUGUAAGCACAUGUAUAUAUAACAAAUCCUCUCGUCUCCUGACUUUGCACUGAUACAUUACAUUUUAAGAUUGGUCUAAUCCAUCUAAAUCCAGCCUGAGGUCUACUUUCAUAUCUAGUCCUAAUAAUUAUCUUCAUUCGGCAUGUUGUUUUACAAAUUAAGUGAAUUGUUCGAUGGAUCCUGGCAAAAUAUUUCAAGUCUUGUAUAUUUUUUACCACCCAUAAAGUGACAUUUUAUUUAUUUUCUUUUUAUAGCCAAAGGAGAACUCCCCCACCAAAUCCAUUUAUUGACUGAGUGACCAAUGGACACAGUAACUUUCUAUAUAAAGUAUUAUACUUGGUGGACACUUUUCAUCCAAACCACCUUAAAGGUGGGGUAUGCGAUUCUAAUCCAAUACACGUCUUUUUGUCAAAUUAAGCGAAUAUCCUCACGGUACACUAGCUGUCCGGCAUUUACACAGUCCUGGCUCUGUAGCUGGGAAAUAAACAAAGUGGCUUGGACUGAGCCACACAGCACUAUUCCAGCCAUGAUUUGUGUGUCAGGUAACGUUAAAUGACGUGCCCACGGACAUUCAGCUUACUUUCUAGUUUGCCAAGGUAUGCUGUUGUUGCGUUGUUAGCUAUAGUAGCAGGAGAGUUGUGAGUAUCACUGGAGCUGGCUUUGGGAAACCGUCCCGUCCUCUCUGGCUGUUAGCUUUGCAGCAGCUAACCCAUAAUGUAGCUAAUGUUACAUUACUUGCUGUGUCGUUGUUCGCUCUAUAUCAAGGUAUUUGUCAUGGUAUUGGAUUUCUCCAUAAUCACAUACCUCACCUUUAAAGUAAUAUGGCUGUAUGCAUUUCUUGCAUUGGUAGCCACAACGGUAAUCCAACCCCUAUCUCAGAACAAUGCCAUAGUCAUAAUUUUUUGAGAAAACAGGAUAUCCUGUAGAAUAGAUUCCAGACGAGCCCUGUACACACGUUUUAUUCUUGCUUACUAGCAACAGGAAUAGUGCAGUAUGAGUUUUUCAAACCUCUAAAUCCCACCUACAGUAAGAGUGGCUAAAGCAGUGGUCAAGCUCACACUCUUUCUGUGUUUUCAAAGUACAUUCUCAAAGUGUUAGCAGCUGUGUUCAGUACUUGAAGUCAACCCUGGCUUCAAAUAGGUUUUCAACGAAUCCAUAGCAAUGAUGUCAUGGUGGCCGAUAUUUUUGGUAUCUGUUAAUUAUAAGCUAGACAGACAUACACUAAGCUUACCAGGUAUCGCUACAAGUGCUAAGCGUCAACCUGGCUUUUUAGUUGUUGUUUUGUUUUUUGUUUUUUUCGUUAUCACCCAGAGUUCAAAGGGACUCAUGCAGAGAGUGUAGGGGAAGCAGAGAGCAGUAUCCACGGUGACCGUUACUCGUGUGUAACCACAACAGCAGGCCUGCAGCACGGUAGAAUCUUUUAAUUCCAUUUUACAUGUGUAGUAACCAGGGUGAUCACAACAAGACUGAUAGAAUGAGAUGAAUUUCUGGCUUCAUGACUGCUCUGUCUUUCUUUCUUUCUAUUCCCUCGCUCUCACUCUCCCUAUCUCACCCCGUGUCACCCUGUUUCACCAGCUUUUUUUUUUUUUUGCUGGAGUGACCAGUGCUCUUUGUUCUGUCCAUCACAGGGCCCGUUGUUCUACCACAGAUUCAAACAUUUUGUACUGUCAGCCACCCACACUGUCCCCAGUGGUCAAUUAUCAGAACAGUAACAGGUUGCAUUACAUUUGUUAUUGCUUAGCUUUUUUUCUUGUUCUUUUUGUCAUAGAGCUGCCACUCAUUUAACAGAGGACACAUCACUUAACCUGCCACUGAUUCUGCUCAGCUUAUCACACUAAAUGAUAUCAGGAAUAAAAAAAGCUGACAAUUCUGUGUCUGUAUGCAAGAGACUUUGCAGACACCUUUCAGCUCUGACGUGUUUUGCUAUUUUUAUUUUUAUUUGUAUUGCCUCUUAUGUUUAUGAUUUGGUAUUGAGUGAAACCACUAAGUUGAAUUGGAAAAAGAGAGAUGCAUGAAAUGAGAUCAGCAGGAAAAGGCAAGGCAAGUUUAUAUUGUACAUUUCCUACACAAACGCAAAUCAAAGUGCUUUACAGAAUGGAUAAAAUGCAUCAAAUGCAGAUGUUAAAAAGAUAGAAACAAAUUUUAAAAGACAGGUAAAACAAAAUGGAAAGGAGUUUAGACUCUAAGUGCAUCCUGUUCUCUGUCUUCUCAGGCAUCAGAAGACAUUUUGCCGGACCAAAUAUCAGGUUACAUUGACAAGGGUGCAGACAUAGAUUGAGAUGUAAUGUGUUCAUCAGUCCCAGUGGGAGUCAAAGCCUUAACCUCAACCAGAACUGCAGGUGUUUAUUUCACAAGCACUUCAAACACAAUCAACUCCUGAUUGGGCUGCAGCAGGCACAGCACACAUAAAGGCUACACAGUCCCAGUUGUAUUCAAACUCAUAAUAGCACCCCUGCUAUGUAACAGUACAUUUUAAAAGCUCUACCUGUCAGACUACAUGAGUGAAUAUUACUGCUAUCAUUGGCUAUGGGGGCACAGGAUGGAGAGGUGGAGAUGGAGUGAGAGGAGAAGAGAAAGAAAAUGACAAGAUAGAAGCUGUCAGUAACCAUGGCAGCACAUUUUUCCCCCAAUGAAAUCAGCCAGUGAAAGAUGUGCAUUUGUUAAUGGUGCAGGAUGUACAGCAGACAUUGCUGCGCUUUCAGAGCUGGUUGUCCAUUUUGCUGCUCUGAGGAUUCCCUUUUGUGUGAGCAUCGAGAUAAGAGAGCAAACAAUUACCGUCAUUAGUUCACAGUGAAUAAUUAGACCUGCACACACUCACAAAUUCAAAUCAGGCUGGUCUGUUGUUUGUACUGAAAACACACUAUUUCCAUUUUAGCAAAGAACAUUUUCUUGGAGAUUUUAAUCCCUUUUUUUUCUUUGGAGUUUUAUUUUAAAAUGUGGUUAAUGAAUGAGUGCAAUUAAGGAGGAAUCCACCACUUUUUCACUAGAUUUCAUUCCUACUCACCUGUCUUAAAGGUGUUUAAUCCUUGACACAAUCCUCACAUCUUGUAAAGCCUCCCCUGUCCAUGCCAAUGUCCCUUUCUAUUAGCACAUAUACUUAUACAAGCAUGAAUUGUGUGCAGGUUUGCCAUACUGAGAGAUAGCCAUGUACAGAUGCAUUACUCUGUUAAUAUGUAAUAAUCCACUUGACUGUUAAUAUCUUUUUUAUAUCUUUUUUAUUUAGGACAGAAGUUCUAUGUUAAGUAAGGGAGAGAAAAUAACGACGGCAGCAGAGCGCUGAAUCUAAUUGGGCUGUGGCUUUUCUAACAAAGUGAAAUUCAAUUGGCCUGCCGGUUAGUCAAUGGGGCCAUUGUUGUUUUUUUAUUAUCUCGACUUAAUGACUGUUUCUAAGAAAAGAGCUGUUAUAUAUGAUGGAGGACUAAGUGACACAGGUCAGUCUUUCUGCUAUUUUAUGAGAUUAAACUGGACCAGAAAGAUUCAGUCCAGAGUUGAAUGACGUCUGGAGUCAGUUCUCAAGUGCACAGCAAGAAUUGGAACUUCUUCUCCAAAAAUGCUGUAAAUGCAUAAAAGAUUAAUUGUACCUUAAGUUCAUCAUCAUGUUUAUAAAAUACAGAUGAUCCAUGUUGUUAAAGUGUCAUAAUUUCCUCCGCUGAGAACUUAAGUUAUACAUUAGUAUAUAAAAAUGUGUCACUUCAGUCAUUUGAAGAUGCUGAUGCAUUUGGGAACAAACCCCAAUUCAAAUCUUAUUGAUUUUAUCAACAAUGAUGACUGAUUUAUUUCUAGUGGCCAGACUGCUUGAUUACUGAACAUAAUUGUAAUACACUGUUUAAUAGCAUAGCAUUGCUAACAAUACUUGAUGGAAAUACAAAAAUCAAGACUGCGAUGUAUUUUAAAAAUCUUUUAUUUAUCUUGUAGAGUAUUUAUAGGAAUUCAUUUUAUGUAUAGGCUACUAUAUAUUGAUUACAUAUCAUGACAAGACACUUUUUAUACCAUAAACCCGUCAUGUUAUGUAGUUUUUGCUGUUGAUGUUCUCCUACAUGAAGCUCCAUAAUACUUUUUGAGAUGGUUUUCAAGGUCGUAUGUAUGUACCGUCAGCAAUCCCAAAAAUGUAUGACAAUGUUUCUGAUAUGGUUUUGCAUAGAGUAUUUUUGUCACAGAACUAUGAAUGUUUAAACCACCUGAUAUCAAAAUGUUAACAGUAUCUUAACAACCAGGGUGAAAUUGCUACAGGUUUGAGAAAAUGUACUUGUACUUCUUUCCCAAAUUUGCUUUUCAGGAACUUACUUUCAUUUUAAUCUUGAACUAUAUCUUCUUAAAAAACGUAAAACUAAAUGGACACGAGUGAGAGACUUAAUGUAGCUCUCUCCAUUCAUAAAACCUUCUGUUACAUCUCAGAUCAAAGACAAUUUGGUUAAAAUAUGUUUGAGGACUAAAUUGCAGGUAUCAGGUUUUCUCCAAACAGCAGCAUGUUUCUGGGAUUCCUUUGACUAAGAAUUCCACAAAAUUUAAGAGAUUUUUAUGGGAAUAUAUAUUGUACGUUUAUUUUUGGAUUGUGAUCUAGUGUUUUUUUGUGCCUUAUUACUAUGAUGAAUGUGUGUAUGUUUUGAUAUAGAAGAACUGUGCAGAGCUGCAUUAAGCAGAUCUGUUUCUCUGUUACUCUGGUGUCUUUCGUCACAUCUGUUUUUGGUUCAGUUAUUGUGUCAGCUUGUCUUCCUCUUUCUUGUCUCUUUCUAUUUAUGUCUAUCUGUCUGAAUUUCAGUCUAAGCAGACUUGGGUCAAAAACAGUUUCUAAAUCUUUCAGUAUAGGCUGAGAUACAGCUCAUAAAUACCUCCCAGCUCCUUUAAACACCUGUUUUGUUUUAGUCUGCCUAAAGACACCCACGGUUUCAAGAAACAAAUACUUUACAUUAAAGAUGAGGCUUUUGCCCUGCUCGGGUUGCUAUAGUGGCAGAAUGACUGUAUAACAUUUGGAACUUAUCUGUUUUGUUUUUUCCAUCGGUUUCCAACAGAAAAUAAGUCAAUCACAUGAUAAUAACAUUGAUUUGUAAUACAACAUGAACCAGAUGUGGGUUGUUUUGAGUCCAUUAAGACUGUUCUGUAUUGAAUGAUUUCAUUAUUUGUCCUUGGUGGUAUUUGUACAUGUUGAGAUACUGGGAGGCUGUUGUAAAAAUUAUCAAAAUGAUAGAUAACUUUUUUUGGACCACCCUAAAAACGCUAAAGGCUGUAUCUAUACUUUUUAUUUGUUUGUUUUUUUCAAGGUUGAAACUAUGAUUUACAUUUCAUUCAAGCAAAAACUAUACAAUAACGUAAACUAAAAUAUUCACAGAUGGCUUCUUUAUCUUUGGAACUGAAGACAAACCUUAACAUGGUUUGUCAUUACUUGCACUGUGCAGUUACUCUGCACUUUUCUUCAUGAACAAUACUCUCUAAAGACACAAUAUGCUUGAACAAAACAAAUACGUCUGGCCAUAGUUACUGGUAAAGAUCUAUAUCUUAAUUGUCUGAGAAAUGUUUAAAUGCAUUGUCACCUAAGGAUUUUCAAUCAGCUGUAGUGGAAAACUCAGCUACUGUAUGUGAUGUAGAAGCUAAGAAGAUGAAGUGUGAAUUUGUGUCAGGAAAUGCAAUGCUUAUCCCAUCAAGACAUAUAGUAUAUAUGUGAUGGAGAAAAGAAUGCUACAUUUUUCAUUAUAUCAUGGGAAAACAAUGUAAAUCAAACCCUAACAUGAUUUUGCAUUGGAGUUGGUGUUUAUAGGCAGCACAUCAAGGACCACAUAACAUUAUGUUGAAGCAUCACAUUCUUGAGUCUUCCUUCCAAAUGUGUUGUUUGUUUUAACAGUUUACUAAAUACUGGAUGUCACUGUAUUUGAAUAGCCCAGUGCUGAUACUCACUAUCAAGUGACAAAAAGGAGAUGUUUAACAAUGGGCCACUUUUGCUCUCUACAUCUCUAAAGACAGUAUAACACCAAACCUUAUUUUUAUUUUUUUUUUAUUUAAGAUGACUUUUUGGGCAAUUUUGCCUUUAUUAGAUAGUGACAGCUGCAGAGACAGACAGAAAAGCGAGAGAGCUGCAGAGAGUGACGGGAAAGGCGUGAGAGAGAGAGAGAGAGAGAGAGAGAGAGAGGAUGGCUUUCAGCAAAGGGCCCCGGGUACGUGCCUUAAUGGUACGUGCUCUACCAAGUGAGAUAACCCCCCGAAAACCUUAAUUUAACUCAAAUUUCUAUAUUAAACAUUGUCAGAAUCCUACACUGAUGCGUCAUAGUCAUGUCAUAAUAAGUUGAGUAUCAACACUAGAUAAUUUAAUUCAAGUGUGACAAAAUAUUGUAUAUUGAUAUUAUUAUAGUAUGUAUAUAAAAUGGAAUUACUUAUGAAUCGCUGAAAGUCAAACUACUUGUUACUAGAAUAUUCAUAAUGUCCAAAAUCUCUUACAGAAUAAACUAUAUGACUGUUUAACUGUA